UUAUGUAUUUAACGAAAGUAUGUAUUUUAUUUUGUUUGAAUACUACUUGGAAGAGAAUAUUCAUAUAUAUGUAGCUCUGGUUUCCAAAAACUCAAUUGUUUAGAGCUCCUUUAGAUAUUUGGUGAUCACAUUGAAAAAAACGAAAGAGAAUAUAUCCAACUAUUUUAUUGAAAAUUUUAUAAAUGUAUUUAUUUUGUCUCUAGUGUUUACCUCAAUAAUUUAUUUCAAUAUUUUAAGCAUGGGAUAAUAUUAAACAUUAAUUUAGAUAUAGUUUAACUUGUAAAUCUGACAUGAUUUUUAAAAUCCGUUAUUGGAAAAGGCCGUAUACGUCGUAGUUCCGAUUGAAAACAACAAACCGACCUAGCAGAAACUAUAUAAGUAGAUCGAUAUAGGGUAACAUUUGAUGUGCCUAUCACAAUAAAUUACUAAGAUUACAAAACAAAAAAAAAGCAGACAAAGCCCUAAAGAAGAUCGUAUACGUAAGAUGGAGAAACUUUGUAGAGAUGAUGAUUGGAUUGAGGACGAGUCUUCAUUGACAACCCUAUCUCUUCUUUGCCAAGGCAACUUCAGUUACGUGUGUCUCAAGGAGGACUCCAAAUCUCGACUUUGCGCAAAGAAGGCAUCGCCGAUGCAUCACAAAAAGAUUCUCGAGAAGGAGCUCAGGAUCAUGCAUCGUUUCCGUGACCACCCUCGCAUCGUCCAAGCCUCAAACAAGCUUCACCUUCACAAACAAAGCAACAGACCCUCUGAAUGCUUCAUCAAUAACAGACCCUCUGAAUGCUUCAUCUAUAUGGAGUACGCGUCCAAAGGUAAUCUCAAUAAGUUUAUAUAUGGUUUCCGCAGGAAAGAACAAAAGAUACCUGAGACUUUGGUCAGUCGCACGGCUCGUAUGAUCCUAGAAGGACUCGAGGCUCUUCACUCCCAUGGUUACGUUCACUGCAAUCUCAAACCAUCCAACGUUCUCCUCUUCCCUUCCAAAACCCCUGGAGAGCCGUGGGAUCUUAAGCUUGCUGACUUCGGUUCAUCCAAGGAGCCUAAUACCGAUUAUGAUUCUAAGUACCUUGGUACGGCUAAGUACAUGCCAGCAGAGUCUUUUCCGCCAAACGGACUGAUCAUCGAUCCGGGCCUUGAUAUAUAUGCUCUAGGGUGUGUGGUUUAUGAGAUGCUUGGAGCUAUAGCUCUCGAGGAGUACUUUGAAGAAUUUUACGAGUGGCAUUUGCGUCGAGUUAUCUCUCCGGAGUCUAGAGAUUUCUUGAGGCGGUGCCAGGACAUACAUUCACGCAGGCCCACCGCGGCAGAGCUCUUGAACCAUCCUUUCAUUACACAAGAACUACUUCCAUCGCCAACCACCGAAGACAACAAGGAGAUAUCUAGGUCGUUGAUUCCAGGUGUCUCGAAGCUUCUUUUGACCUGAUCAUCUUAUUCCUCUCUAUAUCUUUUGUGUAAAAAAAAAACUGGAUAGUGGAUUUGCUAUGGCAAAGCCUAGCCGAGAUGUACCAAGGAUCGGUUUGACCUUGGGAACUCGUUAAAUUGUGUGCGUCUUUCUUCUUUCAACUCAAACAAACGAGAGCCGUGAGAGAUGUGAGAUAAAUGCCAUCGACACCAAAGUCUCCCGUGAUAUGAUUUUGAGGUCGAUUUCUCUACACCAAGGCUUCCAUAUGGUGAUU